AUGGAGGAUGCCAACCUCGUUGUCGCAGUGGACAUUGACCCAAAGAAGCAGGUGGUUCAGCAGCUGGGCGCAGAGGGCGCUGCAAACCUGAUGGCCGGCUCGGACCGCCAGAUCCUGGAGGCGAUGGCCCAGGAAGGAUGGGAGGUGGAGGUGGUGGAUGAGUCCAAGAACUUGUACAUGCUCUCCUUACCGCCCGUGCUCUACGAGGUCAUGGGCAGCACCAUCUCCAUCCCCGCUCCAAGAUUUACAACCCAGCUCCGAAGCACUACCGGAAGAGAUGGGGGUGAAGGCUCCUACAAGGACCGGAUAGAGGGAGAUCUGGUGCUGCAAAAUGGCGAAAACAUUUUCACGCUGCAGCUGGGAUUUCCAUUCCGAUCCACGCUCACCAUCUCAGCAGCUGGUUGGACAAGGGCCACCGUUGGCUGGGAUGGUGAUGAGAUAGUCACGUCCAACUAUGUUGAAGUUGGUAUCAAGCUGCCGAAGGUGCCCGGCCUCACGAACAUCAUGGAGUACUUCGUGAAGAGCUAUGGUACCCAGUCCACGCAGGACUGCACAGACGCACUGGCAAGAGCCGCAGCUGUGGCGCGGCCUCCAGAGACGCCGCUGCAGAGCAUCGUUGAGGAGAAAAUGAAGGAACUUUUCAACCCCCUCGCUGAUCAGAGCGAGGAGGAUGCCCUUGUGGCAACCGGGCCUGGGAGACCACCUCCAGCUGGAAGAUGA